AAUAUGUCAUGGUUAGACAGGUGUUGAGCUGGACGGGUGCGCAGGUGUACUGCAGGAAGCAUCACACGGACCUGGUCAGCAUCAGGAACCCAGAGGAGAACCAGGCUCUCUGGGAUGUAGUUGGUGGCACUGGACGUCAUGUCUUGAUUGGCCUCUUCAAAGAUGCGUGGCACUGGUCAGACAAGCGCAACUCCUCCUUCAGGCUCUGGGAGAAGGAUUCAUUUGUUCCGCUGUUCUCUCAAAGUUGCGCUGUGAUGACUAGCGCAGGUUCUGCUGGAUUGAACCAACGAUCCUGUGCUGAGUUGCAUCCGUUUUUCUGUACAUGUACGAGAAGAUGGGUUGUCAAGGUGAAGGUGCGUUCAGAGGACAUCCAGGAACUGAAUGACCCUGCCACCUUAAAACAAACCCAAAAGCUGCUCAACGAAGCAGCUUUGAGCAACCACCAUAAGAUAACGUGGAGAACCAAUUCUGACGGACAGGUCUUCACCAAGGAGCAGUGUCAGGAAGAAGACUGCAAUGUUUAAACUGAUCCUCUGAACGAGUAUCACAAAUCAGUAGAUUAUAGAUAUCUAAAGUCUGUCUGCAGAUGACCUCAAGUCUAAUGAAAGGAAACCCCUAUUUUUUUCUUAGGAACCCCAUUAUAUUCCAUUUAAGGAUGAAUAGCAGAACUAUAACAGGAAUGAAGAUGCAAAGAACUAAUUAUUUUUGUAGGGACCAUGCAUGCCAAUGGGGUCACAUGUGUCUUAUACCUUAAAGAGAUGAUAAGCUCGGUUUUCUGGAUGCAUUGGAUCCUGUGUUUCAGGGUAACAGAUUUAGGUAUAAUGAAGUAAUUGCGUUCCUGAAUGUAUAAUCAUGAGUUUGCUAUACAUGACAAAUUAUACAGUUUGAGUAGCUGUAUGAUGUCACUAAAGAAGGGUUAGCCUUAAAGAGUAUAUGAGGCUCAGCUUCUGAUCAGAAUGUUGGAGCUACAGAGACUGCUGAGGGACACAUGUCCACUCCACAUUCAGGUUCAGGGCUGAGCAUUGACUUGGCAUGAUUUUACUUUGCUUAGAUAGAUAGAGAGAUAGAUAGAUAGAUAGAUAGAGAGAUAGAGAGAUAGAGAGAUAGAGAG